GGCGUUUGAACGGGCGGCGGCCGGGCGCGCGGGAGCUCGAGGCAUGAGUCAGCGGGCGCGCGGGCCCGGCCCGGCGGGCGGCGGCGGCGGGACGGAGGCGGCGGCGAUGGCCGGCGCGGCGGACGCCGUGUUCCCGUUGGCGGCUCGCAGAGCGCUGGCCUCCCUGACUAAGGAGGCGUCGCGGCGGCAGCUGCAGCAGCAGCGGCGGGCGGAGCAGGGCAGGCAGUGCCGCCCGCGCCGGAGCAGGCGCACGGUGACGGUGGACAGCUCCAGGGCCAAGACGUCGGCCGAGGCGCUCAGGAUCUGCAUCCAGCAGCUGAAGUGGAAGGAGUUUCCAGCAGGACGUCAUCUCUUUUGUGACGUCUAUUGGCAUGGAGUGUCUUUUCAUGAUGGUGAAGUUAGCUGCUCGAGUCAAGUCAACAAAUAUCCAGGAAUGAUGGAAAUGACACGUAAAGUCAAUUUUAGUCGAGCAGUUCGAACGAUGCAAGAAUUGUUUUCUGAAGAAUACAAGUUUUACCCUCGUUCUUGGAUUUUGCCAGAAGAAUAUCAAAAUUUUGUAGAUGAGGUACGUUUGUCAAAAGAAAAUGAUUCUUCUUGGAAGCCCACCUUCAUUGUGAAGCCAGAUGGAGGAUCCCAAGGUGAUGGAAUCUACCUCAUUAAGGAUUCUAGUGAUAUCCGAAUGUUGGCCAACCUCCACAGCAAGCCGUCAGUGGUACAAGAAUACAUCAGCAAGCCAUUUCUGAUUGACAGAUUGAAAUUUGACAUUCGAUUGUAUGUCUUGCUCAAAUCAAUAGAUCCUUUGGAGAUCUACAUAGCCAAAGACGGACUGUCUAGGUUCUGUACAGAACCAUAUCAGGAGCCUAACAGCAAAAAUUUUCAUCGUGUAUUUAUGCAUUUAACAAACUACUCUCUGAAUGUCCAUAGUGGAAAUUUUGUCCAUUCAGACAAUGUAAACACAGGAAGUAAAAGGACUUUUUCAAGUAUUCUAGCCAAGCUCUCUCUCAGGGGCUACGAUGUGAAGAAAAUAUGGUCAGAUAUUAUUACAUUAGUAAUCAGGGCUAUUAUUGCACUGAUUCCUGAAUUAAAAGUUUAUCAUCAAAUAUAUAUUCCUCCAGGGAAGCCUGGACCUACUUGUUUCCAGAUUUUAGGAUUUGAUAUUCUCCUCAUGAAAAACAUGAAGCCUGUUUUAUUGGAAGUGAAUGCUAAUCCCAGCAUGAGAAUAGAACAUGAACAGGAGAUUUCUCCAGGAGUGUUUGAAUAUGUUCCCAGUCCUGUGGAUGAAGAAAUUAAAGUGGCCAUCAUUAGAGAUACACUUCGUUUGGUAGAUCCAACAUUUAAAAAAAACAACUACUAUCAAUCACACUCCACUGAAUAUUCAGCAGAAAAUGACAGAGAUGAUAUAACGGAAGCUGAAGCACAAGGCAAGGCUGAGUCUUCAUCUGGCACAGAGCAGAACUGGCCUCCCCUCUGCCUGAAGCAGGUGUUUCCUAAGUACUCUAGACAGUUCAGCUAUCUGCUGAUUGUGGAACGUAUAGCACUACUAUUUAUGAGAUUCUUGGGCAUUAAAGGAACAAUGAAGCUUGGUGCAACAGGGUUUCGGACCUUCAUUAGGACCUGUAAGCUCAGCAACAGCAACCUGCCCAUGGCAUCUGUUGACAUAUUAUACAUUGAUAUUGCACGUCGAUGGAAUGUCAUUCGUGGAGAUCGAGGGGAAUCUGGUAUGUGCUUACAAGCAUUUAUGGAGGCCAUCUUCCACAUGGCACAGAGGAGGUACAAGACCCCACCACUUCGAGAACAAGUUGAAGCGCUGGUCAAUUUUUGUGAAUAUCAGUUAGAAGCACUGGAUGAAAAGCACUUUCUGUACAACCGUGCAACAUCAGACCAAAAAUCUAGCUUGACUAUGUAUCACCCUGAAACACCUCGUUCAGGUGCUGUCAGUAAUGUGCACUUAUUAAAUCGUAUGAGCACUUCCAAUAGAUUGCCGACAUCACCAUUACCUGCAUCGGUGGAUAAACAGCAUGUAAAAUCAAUGAAUCGAAGAGUAACUGCAUGCUCACCAGCAGCUUCCAUAAAUCCCAAUGGAUGGUGUAAUCUGGGCUGCAGAUUUUGUCGUAACAACCACCAAAGCUGCUCUGUGAUUGGCCAAAAUGAUGUGCGUUCUCAACGGGUCAAGCUGACACAAAUUUUACAUCCUUUUGCAACAUGGUACUUUAUGUAGUGAUCCAGAGCUACAAUGGCAGGCCCCCUAGCCCCACUCUGCCGUCACCACCCGUAUCCUCAAUAUCACGGAGGCUCAUUUUUAAACUGGUAACACAGUUUUUACACAGUUGCAGUAGGAGGUUGAUCCUUUGCCUCUGGGAUAGCUAGUGAUUAAUAAAUAUUUCAGACACAAUUCUACCUUAGCUAGCUUAUCUGCAUUUCAUAACUUGAAUGAUGACUGCUUAUUUAGAGGUAAAUUUAAACAAACAUUGGAAGUAGACUUAUUAUUCAGUUCUAGCCAUUCUAAACAAAUUACAUUUAAUGCAAAAAGCCUGCCACUGUCUGGCUUCUGGCCCUAAUUCAUUUACAUAAUUUUUAAAAUAAGUUUCACAGUGGUUGUUUUCUGUUAUUGGCAUGAGCCCCUGUGUAAUAGUUAUUGGAAUGCUCUAUGUUCCAGGGUCUCCUGCCGGUGAAAUCAAACAGCAGACACUUUACAUCAUUUUUUAAUUCACUUCCUUCUGUCAGCAGUUUGCCAGGUCACAUUGGCACAGAGGAAGACCCUCAUUUGUGUGACUAUGAGUUUUUUUGUACAGAAACCCUUGUAUAUUAAAAUUUAUUAGACUAGAUAUUGCUAUAGGUGAAAGGAAUAAGUAAACUAUGACUGCAUCGCUGUUACAUUUGUUCAUCCACUAUUAAAAGUCAAGAAAGUGGA